AGUAAAAGUUAAAAAUAAAGCACGAAUGCGCAGUGAACAAGUUGCAGUCCACAGUUACAGAUGUGCCUGGCGAGAGCGUAAGCGUCAUUGGACAGAAGAGAGCGAGAGACCACAAGAGCAACCACAUACGCUGAGAAUAUAUACAACAACAAUAUCAACGCGUAGGCGAACAAAAACGAACAGAGAAGAGAGGGAGAAGCGACAACAACAACUACAACAGCCAACGCCAACGCACGCGAUCGGUGUGUUUGGUGAGCCGGCAACGUUUGCGCUGCGACGCCAACUGGCAGUCGUGCCUCACCACUCCAAAGCAACAGACGUGUGCGCCAGCCAGCCAACAAAAGUUAGCAUUGAAAGCAUUCAGCAAAGAAAUAAAACAACUCUUGCUAAUUCCAAUUCCUAA